AACGCAUAGCGUUUCUCAUUCAGUCGCGGCGAUUUAGAAGCUGAUUAUGAAAUGGCUAAAGACAGUGAGGAUACACUGAGGUUUGGUGACUUUAACUCUGACGAAAGAGAGAGGCUGUUCGGACCAAGGAGCAAAGGAGUUGAAUUUUUGAGAAGGGUGAAAACGAGGAAUCGUGAGAGACAGAAGGUGCAGGAAACUGUUAGUGUGGACGGUGACAGAGAGCCGGCUAGUACUUGUGUCAGUGUUGAGAGCCCGGAUGGUGAAGACAAGGGUGUGUCAUUGAAACGAGAUGGGAGUGAUGAGAAGGACGACGCGGCUUCAUCCGCUCCAAAGCAACGAACGGAUGCAAAAACGAGCAAUGAAAAAUCGCAGUCAAUGUGUCGAGCAGCAGAGAUGGAGAGUGAAGCUAGUGACGUUUCUGUCUGUUCUGUAGUUAACACUGAUUCAACCCUGUCAAAUAAAUCUGCAUGUAUCACGGCACUCAAUGAUGCUGAUACUCCAGACUCACACGGUCAAUCAAAAGUUGUUGAAAAUGCCAUUGAAUUGCAGCCUCCUGUGGCUGAGAAUAAGACGGUCGUCACUCAGGCAAAGACAAAACCGAACUCUUGGGCUGCUCUGUUUGUAAACACUCCCACUAAACAUGUAGCUACAGGUAGUAAGACCAGUCAGCUGCCUGUUGCUCCUCACAGUGUGAACUACGUGUCAACGAGUCAAGUAGACACCAAAGUCUCAUCCGAUUUCUUGCCAGAAGCAAAAGUGGUUUCUAUUGAUGAGGAUCCGUUAGCAAGUACUCUUGCAGAUAAACUUAGUAAAUGGGAAGUGUCGUACAAGGCCGUUUCUCUCAUUCCUCGCGGUCUCAUCAACAAGGGAAAUUUGUGUUACAUCAAUGCUACGAUGCAAUCGUUGCUAUGCUGUUCUCCGUUCUAUAACCUGUUGAUGUCGUUUGACUGCAAAUCGGUCGUCGAUCGUAAAGUGAGCUCGACUCCUGUGAUAGACACACUAGUUAGAUUUGCUAAUGAAUUUGAACACGGUUGUCCUCUCCCUGUAAAACGGGCGAGAAAAGGCAUACCACAUGACCUGAAGCAAGGCUCGGCAUUUGAGCCGAUGUACAUUUAUUCGAUGCUACACAGAAUAAAGAGCCAACUUUCGUUACGAGGUAGACAAGAGGAUGCUGAAGAAUUUCUAAGCUGCAUGCUAGACAGCCUUCACGAGGAGAUGCUGAAAUUGAAAGCUGUAGUGAAUUGCUCCAAAGCUGACAAUCAAGCAGUCGAGGAGCCACCGUUAGAAAGUAAAGUUGAUAGGGACAGUCAGGAGCAUUCUGACGAUGACGAUGAAGACGAGUGGGAAGAAGUGGGACCAAAGAACAAAAGCUCUGUGACAAGAUCGACAGGAUUUGAAAGUACUCCCAUCUCACAAAUUUACGGCGGCUUGUUGCGCUCGUCUGUUCAGAUGCAAGGAUCCAAAGAGUCCGUGACACUCGAGCCAUUCUUUACUCUCAAACUGGAUAUUCAGGAGGAGGGAGUGUGGAGUGUUAGAGAUGCACUCGAGGGGUUAUCAAGUAAAGAGGCUCUCCAUGGGUUUAUGUCUUCUAAGACUGGCCAGGAAGUGGAUGCAUCUAAACGACUCGCUUUGGCACAACUGCCACCAAUAUUGAUUCUUCACUUGAAGAGGUUUUUGUACAAUAAGCAGGGCGGCUGUCAAAAGAUUGGGAAAGAGAUAGAUUAUACAGCUGACAUGGAACUGAAUCGUGAGUUUCUUGCUGAAGGUAUUAGGAAAAAGGUUACGCUGUCGCAAAGGUCAUACAAAUUGUUUUCAGUUGUGUAUCAUCAUGGUAAACAUGCGACCGGAGGUCACUACACGUGCGACGUCUAUCACCACAGCGUUGGAGGCUGGCUACGAUUCGACGACAGUCUCGUGAAGAUGGUGAGUGAGCAGCAAGUGUUGAAACAUAUCCCCGGUCGUGUAGCCUACCUUCUAUACUACAAGAGAUGCGACCUGUCGUAGUCGCAACGGAAGACGCUUAGUUGCAUGCCAUUGAAUCUCUGUGAGUCACAGACGUUCAGUACUUUCACCAACUGAGAUACAUUCCAUAGUAGAGUCACUGAUUACCAAAAUGCUGUAGUCUCAAUACGAUAGCUACUUUUCUAAGACCAAUAGAUUUGGAGAUUUGACUUGAUCUGG